AUGGCUCGCCUCCAUCAACCUGGUAGCAGCAGCAGCUCUCCAUGUCAACCACUGGUAGCAGCUCCACCAUCAACCACUGGUAGCAGCAGCUCAUCAUCAACCACUGGUAGCAGCAGCUCACUCCAUCAACUUUUUCAAUGCUGCUGUCCCACCACUGGUGCCAUGGCUCUUUCAUCAACCACUGGUGGCAGCAGCUCCACCAUCAGCCACUGCUCCUCAUCAACCACUGGUAGCAGCAGCUCUCGCCAACCACUGGUAGCAGCAAGCUCCUCCAUCAACCUAUGUGCUGUAGCUCCUCAUCAACCACUGGUAGCAGCAGCUCCUCCAUCAACCACUGGUAACAGCAGCUCCACAUCAACCAGGCGACAGCAGCUCCACCAUCAACCACUGUGUGCUGCGCAGCUUCCACCUUCAACCACUGGUAACCGCCAGCUCAUAUUGCCAUCUCUAACCUUGGCAAGCCUCCAUCAACCACUGGUAACAGCGGCUCCUCCAUCAACCACUGGUAGCAGCAGCUCACUCCAUCAGCCACUGGUAGCAGCAGCUCACCAUCAACCAGUGGUGCCCAGCAGCUCCACCAUCAACCACCAAGCAACAGCAGCUCCACCAUCAACUUUCACUGGUAGCAGCGGCUCAUCCAUCAACCACUGGUAG